UGUUCCUGAGUUUCUCUCAUCAUGGCGGAGUGGCCACCCGCACGGAUGUAUGGUCUCUCUCAUUCGGAUGCUUGUUUUGUGUAAUGAGGCAGGUCAUUUUAUCCCUCUUCUAGUGGCGUUUGCUGCAUCGACCGUGCGUCCACUCCGCGUGCGUGUUUUUCGCCGAAGUCAUGGCAGACCGCGGCGUAGAUUUAUCCGCCCUGCCUAAGGAGGUUCGAGACCAACUGGCGGAGUUGGACCUGGAGCUGUCUGAAGGAACAGCCGCAGUGCGACUACAGGGAAGCACGACGAUGUUUAAGCCAAAAUGUGACAUUACACAGAAAGGCUUUGAGAAGAAGAGAGCCAAGCUGCUGGCCUCCUGUUUGACCAAUGCGGAUGUGACCCUGCCAGAUGUGCAGCUUUCUGGGGGCCACAGCGGUGAGCCUACGCUGAGCCCUGAGGCCCCGUGCCCCACCACAUCUUCAGCCUCCAGACAUCAUCGUGGACAUCGGAGUGGAGGGGCCAGAGAUGAGCGCUACAGAUCAGAUAUUCACACAGAAGCUGUGCAGGCAGCGCUAGCCAAACACAAAGAGGAGAAGAUGGCCCUUCCCAUGCCCACCAAGCGACGCUCAGCUUUUGUCCAAUCUCCUGGAGAUGCUUGCACACCCCCAGAUACAUCUUCUGCAUCAGAGGAUGAGGGCUCACUGCGAAGGAAGGCCGCCCUCAGCGCGGUGCUGGCGCACGGGCUGCAAAGUCCUGAUUACUGGAUCAACCGUUCUGUUCAAAGCUCCUCCACUUCCUCAUCGGCGUCCUCCACCCUCUCCCACGGAGAGCCAAAAAGCCAGUCCCAGCCCCAGCCUCAGCCUGCUGCUUCUCUGCUGGCUGAUGUACUAGCCCAUGCGCGCAUCGAGAACAGUGUUCCUCCAGAUGUGACAUCAUCCUCCACUGCCCAGGACAGAGGCUCGAGGAUGGACCUGCCGCCUGCCGUCAGGGGCAUGAGCCGUGGCCAGAGCCGUUCUAGUAUGCUGGAUACUGCUGAUGGUGUGCCAGUCAACAGCAGAGUGUCCACUAAGAUUCAACAGUUACUAAACACGCUCAAGCGCCCUAAAAGACCACCACUCAGUGAAUUCUUCCUCGACGACUCAGAGGAAAUAGUUGAAGUUCCCCAGCCAGACCCCAACACCCCAAAGCCGGAAGGCCGUCAAAUCAUCCCAGUGAAGGGGGAGCCCCUUGGUGUUGUUAGUAACUGGCCCCCUGCCCUGCAAGCAGCCCUAGCUCGCUGGGGGGCCACCCAGGCCAAGAGCCCCGCCCUCACGGCGCUGGACAUCACAGGAAAGCCCCUCUACACUCUCACAUACGGCAAAUUGUGGAGUCGUAGUCUGAAACUGGCUUACACCCUACUGAAUAAACUGGGCACGAAGACGGAACCUGUGCUAUCACCUGGAGAUCGAGUGGCACUGGUUUACCCAAACAGUGACCCCGCUAUGUUCUGGGUUGCAUUCUAUGGCUGUUUGUUGGCUGAGGUUAUCCCUGUGCCUAUUGAAGUACCCCUUUCAAAACAAGAUGCAGGCAGCCAGCAGAUUGGCUUCCUCUUGGGCAGCUGUAGUGUCAGUCUGGCACUGACCAGCGAAGUGUGUCUCAAAGGGCUGCCCAAGACACCAAAUGGAGAGAUCAUCCAGUUCAAAGGAUGGCCAAGAAUGAAAUGGGUGGUGACAGACACAAAGUACCUGACCAAACCUUCCAAAGACUGGCAGCCCCAUAUUCCCACCGCCAACACAGACACGGCCUAUAUCGAGUACAAAGCCAGUAAGGAGGGGACCGUGAUGGGAGUGGCUGUGUCCAAGAUCUCCAUGCUGACUCAUUGUCAAGCCCUGACACAGGCUUGUAACUACUGUGAAGGUGAGACUCUGGUCAACGUGCUGGACUGCAAAAAGGACAUGGGCUUGUGGCAUGGCGUCUUAACGAGUGUCAUGAAUAGAAUUCAUACCAUUACUGUGCCGUAUUCCGUCAUGAAAGCCUGUCCCAUGUCCUGGGUGCAGAGGGUGCACAUUCACAAAGCUCGCGUGGCCUUAGUGAAGUGCCGUGACCUUCAUUGGGCAAUGAUGGCUCACAAAGAUCAGAGGGACACCAACCUGUCCACCAUACGAAUGCUGAUCGUAGCUGAUGGAGCAAACCCUUGGUCUGUGUCGUCAUGCGAUGCCUUCCUGAAUGUGUUCCAGUCUCACGGUCUAAAGCCUGAGGUGAUCUGUCCAUGUGCCACCUCGCCCGAGGCCUUGACGGUGGCCAUUCGCAGACCUGGGGCGCGAGGAGCUCCUCUGCCAGCCAGGGCCAUCCUCUCCAUGGGCGGACUGAGCCACGGUGUGAUCAGAGUGAACACGGAGGACAAGAAUUCGGCUCUCACUGUUCAAGAUGUUGGCCACAUUAUGCCUGGAGCUCUGAUGUGCAUCGUGAAACCAGAUGGCUCUCCUCAGAUGUGCAAAACUGACGAAAUAGGAGAGAUUGUGAUCAGCUCGCGAGCGGGGGGCACCAUGUACUACGGUCUUCCUGGGGUCACCAAGAACACUUUUGAGGUGAUCCCUGUCAACCAGUCUGGAGCACCUUUAGGGGAAGUUCUCUUUACCCGAACUGGAUUGCUUGGAUUUGUUGGCCCAGGCAGUCUGGUAUUCGUUGUGGGCAAGAUUGAGGGGUUGCUGAUGGUGAGUCGGCGACGCCACAACGCCGACGACUUAGUGGCCACCGCUCUCGCCGUGGAGCCUGUCAAAACAGUUUACAGGGGGAGGAUCGCCGUCUUUUCAGUGACUGUUUUUUACGAUGAGAGGAUCGUGAUCGUGGCAGAGCAACGGCCUGAUGCCAGUGAGGAGGACAGCUUCCAGUGGAUGAGUCGAGUCCUGCAGGCCAUCGACAGUAUCCACCAGGUGGGUUUAUACUGCCUCGCACUGGUGCCUGCCAAUACCCUUCCAAAGACACCCCUCGGCGGCAUCCACAUCUGCGAAACCAAGCAGAACUUCCUGGAAGGAAACCUGCACCCUUGCAACAUUCUCAUGUGCCCGCACACCUGCGUCACCAACAUGCCCAAACCACGGCAGAAACAGCCUGUGGAUGUUGGUCCAGCAUCAAUGCUGGUGGGCAACCUAGUGGCAGGAAAACGUAUUGCCCAGGCAAUCGGCAGAGAACUGGGUGUCGUGGAGGACCAGGAUUUGAUUCGAAAGCACCAGUUCUUAUCUGACGCACUGCAGUCGAGAGCCCAGACUGACCCGGACCAUAUUCUCUAUGUGCUGCUAAAUGCAAAGGGGGUGGCAGUGUGCACGACCACCUGUGCUCAGCUUCACAAGAGGGCGGAGAAAAUCACAGCCACCCUUAUCGAGCGAGGAGGUCUCAACACCGGCGACAACGUGGUGCUGCUUUAUCCUCCAGGCAUUGACCUGAUAGCCGCCUUUUAUGGCUGCCUCUAUGCCGGCGUCAUCCCUGUAACUGUGAGGCCGCCCCACCCACAGAAUCUGGCUGCCACUCUCCCCACUGUCCGCAUGAUCAUUGACGUGAGCAAAGCAGCCUGCAUCCUGACCACUCAGCCACUCAUGAGAAUCCUCAGGUCCCGGGAAGCUGCCGCCAGCGUGAAUGUCAAAACAUGGCCCACCAUCAUCGACACAGAUGAUCUACCCAGAAAGCGGCCACCGCAGAUCUAUAAGCCCCCAACAGCCGAGAUGUUGGCUUACCUGGACUUCAGUGUGUCUACCACUGGCAUGUUAACUGGAGUAAAGAUGUCUCAUGCUGCAGUCAGCACUCUGUGUCGUUCCAUCAAGCUGCAGUGUGAACUAUACUCCUCACGCCAAAUAGCCAUCUGCCUGGACCCAUACUGCGGCCUAGGCUUUGUCCUGUGGUGCCUCUCCAGUGUUUACUCAGGUCACCAGUCAAUCCUCAUCCCUCCCUUGGAGCUGGAGAGCUCACUUCCUCUAUGGCUGAGCACACUCAGUCAGUACAAGAUCCGAGACACCUUCUGCUCCUACUCGGUCAUGGAGCUCUGCACCAAAGGCCUCGGGACCCAGACGGAGCUGCUGAAGGCGCGUGGUGUAAAUUUGUCAUGCGUGCGCAGCUGCGUGGUGAUAGCUGAGGAGCGGCCCCGACUUGCUCUCACGCAGUCCUUCUCCAAGCUCUUCAAAGAUGUCGGCCUAUCGUCACGAGCCGUCAGUACCGCUUUCGGCUCCAGGGUCAACCUGGCUGUCUGUAUGCAGGGCACGGCUGGACCAGACCCCUCCACCGUCUACGUUGACAUGAAGUCGUUACGUCAUGACAGGGUGAGGCUGGUGGAACGGGGGGCGCCACAGAGUCUUCCGCUCAUGGAGUCGGGCACUAUUCUACCAGGGGUGCGAGUCAUCAUCGUCAACCCAGAGACCCGAGGACCGCUGGGAGACUCCCACCUCGGCGAGAUCUGGGUGAACAGUCCCCACAGCGCGAGUGGCUACUACACCAUCUACGGCGAGGAGAGUCUGCAGGCGGACCACUUCAACACUAGACUCAGCUUUGGGGAUCCCAACACGCUGUGGGCCAAAACGGGCUACUUGGGCUUCAUCAAGAGAACCGAGCUCCUGGAUGCUAGCGGAGAUCGCCAUGACGCCUUAUUUGUAGUGGGAUCACUGGAUGAGACGCUGGAACUAAGGGGCUUACGUUACCACCCCAUUGACAUUGAGACAUCCGUGUCUCGAGCUCACCGCAGCAUCGCAGAGAGUGCCGUGUUCACGUGGACCAACCUCCUGGUGGUGGUGGCCGAGCUGAGCGGCUCCGAGCAGGAGGCUUUGGACCUGGUUCCCCUCGUCACCAACGUGGUUCUAGAGGAGCACCACCUCAUCGUGGGCGUCGUGGUCAUCGUGGACCCGGGCGUGAUCCCCAUCAACUCUCGAGGGGAGAAGCAACGGAUGCACCUGCGCGACUCCUUCCUGGCCGACCAGCUUGACCCCAUCUAUGUGGCCUAUAACAUGUGAUCUGGGGGCGGGGAAGAACGUUACGAGCAAUCAAAGCGGGCUUCCUUCGUUUCGUCAUUGCUCAUCUUUUUUAAUGGCUUGCAUUCUCCCAUCCAUUCGUUGCUUUCAAUGUCAACAAUCCAUCCAGACUUUCAUUUUAAUUUUUUUAUUGUUAUGUCCCCCCACGCCCUCAUAAAGGGCACCCACCUCUCAAUAGCAGUGAGGCACACCGACUGGAGCUACCGAGAAGAGGUGGAACUUUCCUCCUCCCCCUCGCACUUUGAGUCUUCGCACGUCGGAGUCCACUUCCUGUCCGGCCUGCCUCAAAGGGAACACGCUCUCCCUUCCACAUUUGCUGCCGUCUCAGGGGCAAACCUCCGCUUCAGUAUUAACAGAUACCGCCAACAGGGGGUGUCCCGGUAUGUGCACAAUGGGAGUGCAUGUUACAAAAAACGUCCUGAAAAUGCACUUGAAUAGCAGUCAGGAGAGUUAAGAUGAGGGCUCAUUUAGCUACUCUUUUUCAUGUCCUAUCACGACAAAAAAAUAGAAUAAAAGAAUCGUCUUCUGCCGCAGCCUGCAGACAGCGGCCCACACAACGUUGAAUUAAUAAUUGAACAGGGUUUUCAUUUGACAGCACAAAUUGGAGGGGGGGGGGGGUGAGAUUCCUGCACAAUUCUUGCACAAACGAGCCUUGAGUAGGUCAGCCCGCUGCAUGUUAAGGCCACACCCACACGAAUAUAGACAAAAUUAGAUGCCAUUAAAGUAGACAUUUUUUGCACUUCCACCCAAUUCAAAGCAAUGUCCAGGUGUCUAAAUAACAUUCCAGUGAAAUGCUUUCGUCAAAAUAUCCCAAUCCUCAAGAAUUAGGUUACACUAUACCCCACAUUCUCUCUUUUUAUUUAUUUUUUUUUCUUUUUUUUUUUUUUUGCCUCGCUGAAAUUAACCUGCUUUCAAGGUCCUGUCUCAUGGAAGUGAGCCACCACUGCCGCUCCCCUCUUUACUACUGGGUCAAUCGAUUCGCCUUUGUGACCACGGGUGGCGCUUGUGCACUGUGACAAGAUGAGCGGCUUUUUGUUUUCAAAGAGAAAAGUGAGACCUCAUGAAGAAGUAAAAGCGUCAUUUGUGUUUUCACCGGUGGAGGUAGUUGCCCUUCAUCACCAAGCUGUCAAAUGACAUUUGUCAAUUAGUAUAGUAGAUCUGUGCAUAUGGUGCAUGCAGUGGACAAAUGUACUCCUCCCCUGUGUCAGCCACUUAGCUUAAAUUUUGAGUAAGUGCCAGUCAGCCAGUUAACGUGAACUAAUGCUCAUCUGCAGCUCUGCUUACCUUUUGGCUUGACACGGUAGUGCUUCUGUACAGUUAGUCCAUCAGUGGCUCAAAACUGGUGGAUCUUCAGACAGCCACGCUCCCCAGUCAUGGGAGGAGAGACUCACUGUGGGAACGGAAUUAUGCAAAUUAGCUGCACUGAUAGGUCACAACCCUUCAAAGUUAAAAAGGGCUUGCUCACCGACACAUUUUGGAAAACAGGCAGCUAACAAAAGAUUGACUUGGUUGUUUAAUUUCAGACUUGAUAGGUGUGUGGUGGUUAUAAAUUGUCAAAAAUCCUGGGGCAAGGAAAAUGUACUUUUGUUUGUUUUUUAAUAUCCAUGUACAGUAUGUGUGGACCUGAAUGGCUCACGGUUGGCGUGGUGCACUGUCGAGCGCGUCUUCUCAACUGGUCUCCUGUUGAUGUCUAAUCUGAGCACAUUUAUAUUUCAGUUAAAAUAGCCUUGAAAUAUGUGACAAGAUAACAUCCUUCAUAACAAAAAAUACAAGAUGUCUUAAAGCAUGGGAAAGGCAUGUUCCACACCAUUUAUUAAGGACAGUCAAAUUGCACUAACCAAGGAGAAACACGGCAAUUGCAUGAAUUAAAAGUUUAAUACCGCAAAAAAAAAAGACCCACACAUGACUGUACUGCACAUCAAAUGACUUUUAAUACUUGGCGUCCUUAAAAAAAAAAAGACCAAGUGGACAAUUACCAUGCCAGCAUUUCAAAGGAAAAGCAAUCCUCCAUAACAAAUCUUUUUUGUUUUAUUUUUGACACCAGAUGAGAAUGACUGUUCUCAACUCGCACAUGACACGAUCUUUGCGAGCACAUUCUCGCAAUGUGCUUCAGGGUCGUUUUAACGGUGCGUAAAAACUAGAUCGUCAAAUAGGUUGCUUCUACGGGGCCGUGCCUUUUCACAAUAAGCUCCAUUGUGACGCGAUGGACGAUGGCGUUAUAUACUAAAGAUAUCGGUGAGUGAGGAGACAACUUUUUGCCUUAUUGAAACCUGCAGAACACUUAAUUUGGAAGCUCCUCGAACCCAGCGGUUCAUAGUUCUCUUCCAUGCCGUCAUUACGGAGUACAGUGCUAACUGAAUGUCUCGAACAAGGUCAGAACAGCAGAGUGCGAGUUACGAGCAAGUCACAAAGGGAGAUGCGUUAACACUGAUGGAGGAGAUCAAUGAGGGUAAGGAUAUCAAUGUGUAUUCUGUCUUUUUAGGUCAAAUACUGUUAUAAGAUAAGAUAUCCUUUAUUCGUCCCACACUGGGGAAAUUUAUCACUGGUCUUAUCGUGUACAGCGUCGAUGAGACUCGACUGAUCUUUCAUACUUGACAGCAUUUUUCUGCUUUCAUUUGCAAAAAAGGAAAAAAACACAAAAAAUAACCAUUGGGACUAUUAUUAGAUGACUCUGGCAGGAACACCGUGCACUUUUCCAAAUACUGUUUUGUGUGUGCGUGCGCAAGUGUGUAUGUGUGGGUGAUUUGCUUUUAUGGCGAUUUUUUUUAAGAUGGAAAAAAAAUUGAAUUCAUUUUUUUAACGGUUUGAUUUCUUUUAAUUUUUGUCGCCUCCACUGUAAUUGAACCCUUUCUAUCCAACUCUGGAAUUGAAUAUCCAGUACAUUAGCAGGGUUGAAUUGCUCUUUUUUAUCACACUGCUUUUGAGUGACAUGUAUGCAACUGGCACGUGAGAAGCACUCAUGGUGAAUUGAAGCAUGUGAGCCACUUUGUUGUUACUCUGACAUGGUUUUUAAUAAACUUUUAUAAUUUAAUGCCGACCUCUUUCGGUGCUAUUCGAUUAGGGAUGUAAAAAUGUCCUCCGCUGGUCUCUGGAUGCUCAACAGGUGCUGUUCAUUGCUGUGUUCUACAAGGGAUUCUCUUCAUUCACGUUCAUUCCAUUUCUCCAAAGUAAUUCCAAGCACAGGCUGAUGUACAUGGGCACGUGUUUGCUUUUGGUGUCAUUAGGAAGCCAAGAGCCCACAAUGCAUACCUCAACAAUGACUUGUCUCUCCACUAUGCAUUGACGAGCUGCAAGCAGCAGUUCAAUCAAUGGUGUAUGAUCUUCAAAGCUGGGUUGACAAAAGAAAAAAAGCUUUCACGCUGUCAUCGGAUGUGGUUCAUGUGAAAUAAUAAAUAAAUAAGAGGCUG